AAAACGCGAAAUAAUUUUUCAGGUGUGCGAUCCCGCCCUGAACAACUAAAAAAAAUUCCCAAUUAACCACCAAAAAUUAUGAAAACAAGACACUGACUUCAAACCAAGUCUCUCUCUUUCGCAAUCAGAAACGUCUCCUUUUCUUCUCCCACGCUUUGAAUUCAAUUCAAUUCCACUCAAGCUCUAUUCCUUUUGAAAUUCAAAUUCCGUUCCUAAAAUUGGGAGGGAGAGAGAGAGAGAGAGAGAGAGAGAGAGAGAGAGAUUGGAUUGGUUCAGCUUUCCACAUUUGAUGGCGAAGAGAAAACGAGUGGUGUUUGGGUUUUGUUAUUGUCUUCUGACGAUUUUGAUUUACGCGAGCGUUUCGUUUUCCGCGAGAUCUGAUAAAGAAAUUAGGGAGAGGUUCUACGGGAAUAUGAUGAACUCGUCCGCACCGGAUUCCGGUGACGGCACCAUUGCGAAAAUGUUCGAUCGGGUUCUCGAGAAAGAGUUCUCUGAGAAUGAUCAGCCCGAAGGAUCUGAUGUAAGCAGCUUCAACAACAGUGUGGCUGAUCAACAAGCUGUACUGGAGACUGUGGCUAAAAUCACUCAUGAGAAGAGAAAUGAUACACAAGAGGCAAAUGGCACAAAAUCAUUUCAGUUUCAAGGUGUUUUUUCCCUGGAGAACGAAGAUUCUGAAGAAACAACAACCUUGAUUGACAAAAAGGAUAAUGUGUUUGUGAUGUCAAACAAGAAAUCCAAAUAUCCAGUACUUCAAGUAGAUUUGAGGUUAAUUUCUGAUUUGGUGGUUAUCAUAGUUUCUGCUGCCAUUGGUGGAAUUUUGUUUUCUUGUUUGGGACAACCGGUUAUUGUGGGCUACCUUCUUGCGGGUUCUCUUAUUGGACCAGGGGGUCUGGAGUUCAUCAGUGAGAUGGUACAGGUUGAAACUGUUGCACAAUUUGGUGUUGUAUUUCUUCUUUUUGCUCUAGGUUUGGAGUUUUCUUUGGCUAAG